CAUCAAUUGAAAUUGGCAGAUGGAAACCAAGUCUAAAUGUCAAACCGUGUCUGCCAAAUGUUAGCCAACAUAUAUUGGCUGGCAUACAUCCAACAAACAAAAUGUCUGGUCCAAACAGAGUACUCAAAAUAAAUACAAUACAUACUACAAUUUCUCUAUGUUUCGGAAGUCAUUACAUACUUUCUUCAGCUUUAUGCGUUGGUUUUGUGUAAGUGAUAAUUAUAAUUGAAUUUCCGUUAAGAACGUUCAAUACAACAAAUAUAUUAAAAUACCAACACAAUUCGAAAUGACUACUGUACAAAUAAGGCCCAAUGUGAAAUUGGCGAAAUUGUUUUACAAAUAUGCAGAGGAACAAAAAGAAAGGACCGAGGCAAAGGAAACAAACAAAGCUGCUUCAGUUGAAGAGAAAGAAUAUGAAUCAUAUCCCCCGUACAACUUUUCGUGGUUUGUUGAGAAUAAAAUAGCUGCUAUGGGAUGGCCGCAAACGGUCGCUAAUUUGAACUACUUAGUGGACGCAGGUGUAAAUCAUUUGGUGACUCUAUCACCAGAGAGAAGACCACCAAUAUUAGAAUGUGAGAAGAAAUUAAAAUGGACAGAAAUUAGAAUAAAAGAGUUCGGCGCGCCGACAUUGAAGCAGAUAUUGAAGUUUAUUGAAAUUUGCGAACGAGCGGCCAUUAGAGGCGAGGUAAUAGGCGUGCACUGCCGUCAUGGUCGCGGGCGCACCGGGACCAUGCUGGCAUGCUACCUCGUAUAUUUCCGCAAUAUGGCACCAGAGCGAGCUGUACUCACCGUCAGAGUGCAAAGACCUGGUUCCUGUGAAACCUACGAACAAGAAAAGAUUGUUUGUCACUACCACGACUGCGUACGUGGCACCAUAACAAAGCCCGACUAUCGUUUAGUAGAGGACAAGCUUUAUUUCGACUGUUCCAUGAAACAUAUGUACGACGAAGAUGAAGAAUCACAAGAUGGCGACGACGCAAAACAAGAUGGCGGCAGCGACGUUAACUUACAAAGUAACGGCUUGGACAGAAAGGUCAAAUCAUUGGAGAAGAAAAAGACUAAAGCUAUGGUUAUUAAUCAUAAGAUUUAUUUUUAAGUUUUAUACAAGAUACAAUUAUAUUCAAGAGUUACAUAAUAAGGUUUUAAUCGUAAGAACUCAUCAACUUAAAAUUUUAUAUAACAACUUGACUUAAAUUUAAGAACAUAACAUGUUUUAUUUGCACAUCUAAUGCACAAAAUGUUAUUAAUAAAAAAAUUAGGGUUUCCCUUUAUAUAUUAAAUCAUUUACAAUUUCCUUAAAGUAAAGUAAGGUCCAUUUGAAAUAAUACUACAAGUCUGAGCCACUAUCCUACCAACUUACAACCCAUUAAGAUUGUAUCUAAUUUAAAAUUACUGCGUUACUGCCAUUAGUUACAUUUUGACAGCUAACUUUUGGAGAUUAAAUAAGG